AUGAAAAAACCGUUAACCGCUAAAACAUGGAUACUUAUCCUGGCAUUAGUCAUAGAACAGUGCGAGCUCGAAUGUCGUUUGCAGCAGACGGAGUCAUAUGUGGAUGAUCUAUUACAGAAUAUUAGUAGUAGAAGUAGUAGUAGUAGCAGUAGUAGUAGUAGCAGUAGUAGUAGUAGAAGUAGUAGCAGUAGUAGUAGUAGCAGUAGUAGUAGUAGUAGUGGUAGUACUCGCAAGGCGUAUGUACACGUCAUAAAUGCAGACGUACAGGAACUAAUUCGCCGUGAGGUUGAUGACAUAUUCAAUGAGUUACGCAGCAGAAUUGGCUACACACAUGGCAACAUCUCUGGCUUAUGUGGGGAUAUUGAACAACAGCAUUCGGCAUGCAUAAAACGGUGUCGGGAAAUUGUAAAUUUAAUGCUAUACAUGAAAGGGUAUGAUUAUGACACAAAUGGAUGGAAGAGAAGGGACGUUAACGAGAAUACCAUAGACGAGUUCAGAGAAUAUUUAAGAUGUGUACUAGCAGGAGAGGCUUUAGUACGAGUCUAUGGGAGCAAUCGUGAUCAUGUGGACGUAAUGAAUAAGGUUAAAGACGAAUUAACACCAGGUAAAACAUUUAUGCAGCAGACACUUGAAAGUGGAAUAUGUGAAAACAGAGAUUGGGGGAAGGUGAUAUUCCAAUCAAAGAGUCUGGGAACUGCCCUACAUAAUCGAUUACACGACCUCAAUAAAACUUGGCCGCAAGUUAGAGCAGGUGCUGGGCACGCAGCAAGAACAUGUGGAUGGGAUGAUACAGACGGAACUGCGCACACUGACGAACCAUGCAAUGAGAACGACGUGGUGAUAACAGAAGACGACGCGCUCAUGAAGACAAUAAGGCACUCGGUGCAAGCAGCAGACACCUUUCCGAACGCACGGAGGGUGUUACACGACAUGCAAAAACAAGGGGGAUACACGGGGCGCUGUGACAUAGAGACGAAGAUAAAGGAGAAGGUCAAGGAAAUGGAAAAGACUGUGAGAAAGACGGUAACUACCGCUGCGCGUGGCCAAGUGCCACGAGGACAAGGAUUAGGCAGUGUAGGGGGAGCAGGAGGGGCAGGAUUUGGUGGAAGAGGUGGAAAUGGUGCAGGAGGAGGAAGGGGAAGGGGGGAAACUCCCUCCAGCCAGCGCCCUGGCCCCGGAACAGGACCAGCGAGAGGACCAAGACCACAACCAGCACCAAGACCCCCUCCACCACCGAGGCCACCACGGCCAUCGCGACCAGCAGACGAGGGGACACCACCAUCAGUGGCCAAGUCACAACCGGGUAAUACGAAUGAAGCCGCCGCCAAACCCGCCCCGGCCAAACCAGCACCGGGCAAACCAGUAGCGGGGAAACCGGGAGUCGCGGCCACACCGUCAUCGGGAAGUGGCACGACGACGACAUCAUCUGGUGGUGGCGAUCGUGGUGGUGGUGGUAAGGGUGGUGCCACUGCCGCAGGGAAGGGGACGCAGGCCGCAACAGCAGAUAAUUGUGAUUGGAAGAGCAUAUUGAAGGAAGACAAGACGCAAGUAUACGUGCUGGGUCAUACUAGUAAGCAGGAACUGCAAAGCAUGAAGAACGUGUUGGAGCAAUUUAUUGAUUAUAUGCAAAAGAAGGAGGAUAUGAUGGAUGCAUACGGUGUAAAUUGUGAAAACUCUGGUUGGGAUGAUAUAGACCAAGCAUCAACAUAUUACACGGGUCAGACAGUAGCGGACGUCAUACGGUGCCGACUCAUGACGGGUGCAUUGUGGUUUGCAAACGGUGAUAAUAUAAAAGGGUACAGCACAAAUAUGGAUGAAACGCAGAACAGGCUAAGAUGCGAGCUAGCGAAUGCAUUCGGGUACCUACUGCAAAGAAAGUAUUGUGACCAUAAGACAGCGUGGAAACGAGGUGUAAAGUAUGCCUGGAAGACACUGCUAAACAUGCGUGGGGGGGGUGGAAUAGGCGAACAUGGACGGGGUCCUGUAAUUGACGGAAGGUGCACAGAAUGUGGGUAUGAUGUUAGCCGGGCGAUUGGGAGAGUAAUAAAAGGAGAACUGGUAGAAUUGUUAAUACACGAAGCAGACAUAAUGGGGAAAAUAGAACAAAUGCAGAGAACGGUGGACUGUGCGGAGGAGUGGGCGCAUUAUCUUAACACACCAGGAAACAAGGAUACUGAAACUGGGAAAUUGAGCCUAGAAGGAAGACAGAAGAUGAAGCCGGCAGAGAGGCACGUAAGGGAGAAGGCAAAGAAGGUCUUUAAAGAAGCGGAGAAGAAGGUAGAACAGAGAAUUACAGAAAUUCAAGGUAAGCACAAUCAGGACAAGCAUGAUAAGAAUACGCCUAGUACGAAUACAAAUAGUACCCCCGGCAUGAAUACGACCAAUACGGCUAGAACAAGCGCAGCGAAGCCGGCGGCGACGCAGCCGGAAACAUCAGAUACUGGAGUAGGGCGGUCACAAACACCUGCAUCCCCACCAGCGCCAGGGGCAGUAGGAAAAAAAAAUGAUACAGGUGAUGCAACACCAAAGGGACCAACGGAAACAUCAGGUGAGGAAAAGUGUAAGCAGAAUCUGCGGAACAAUGCGUCCAGUUCCGGUGGUAUUGUUAUAACUCCAACCUGCACGCCCGAUGAAGAUUUAGGCGGAGGAAAAGCACUCACAGAUGCUAUUGCCCACGGUGAGGACACAACUACACCUCCAACGGAUAAAGUACAGGACGCCACAAAGGACACAGUACAAGUGGAACCUAAGGGAGUAGAUGAUGUGGGCACAUCUCAGCCAACGAACCCAGACAAGAGUCCUGACUCGAAGGACCAAGUUGAUCCGAAGCCUCCAGAGGGUACCGUUACAAACACUGUGGACAACUCUGCAGGCAGUAGCGAAGCAGGUACUGGGAACGCGGCCGCAUCCCCCGAUGCACAAUUACCAAUCUCUCAGGGAGCACCAGCACAGGCUGCAAAGAACACCCCCCCAUCCGAUCCGCAUGGAUCCACUGGUGCAGCCGGUGCUGCCGUUAUCGAUGGCGGCAACGAUGACCCCCCUCCUCUCAAUCCACCCAAACCCAAACCGAACCCGAACCCAAAUCAAUCGGGGUCCAGCGGCAGCAGCGGCGCACCGUCGACAGGAGGUACUGGAGGUGGUGUUUCUGGUGGGGAAGUAACGGCAGGUGGUAGUGGUGGUGUUAAUGGUGGUGUUCGUGGUGGCGGUAGUGGCAGUGGUGCAGGUGCUGGAGUUGGUGGAGCCGGUGGUUCCCCUCCUUCCAGUGGCCAGACUCCAGAAACCAAAGACCAACCUCUUCCUACCCUCCCUCCGUCGAAACCCUUCGACCCCAAGGACCUCAUCCCCUACACCGCCGCGAUCAUUCCCGCGGUGGUUGGUAUUGGCAUCAUUGCGUUUUUCCUCUGGAAGUAUUUUGCGCACCUCGCCAAACGACGACGAACAUAUCGAACCGUUCGUGACGUGCCGUCACCGCCACUCGACGAAGAAAUUCUAGACCAUCUACAACGCGGCGAACUGCCGCCACCCGAUUACGGGUACACGAUGAUUAGGGAUAGGCGGCCUGCAUCUGCUGCCGCUCGACGACGACCGCAACCACGCGUGCAUAAACGCACGAUUAUCGAGCUACAUCUAGAGGUGCUCCACGAAUGUGAAGCGGCCGCGUGGGAAAACGUCCAAGACGACUAUUUGCAGAUUGUCGUGGAGGACUUUGCGAAGGAUUUGAUGUGGGAUCUGAUGCGGGAAGAGCACAGGAAUAACAAUAUCGUGGGUGUUUCUACGUCAGACCAGGGUCCUCGAUGGAACACUGUUUCCUCCACCCUGGACCCACCCACUGACAUCGAACGAACGGACGCAUCUCCACGUAACGCAGAGCACCCCGAUCCAUGGCGUUGUAUGGAAAACAUACCGUUAGAAACGCACCCUUGUCGACCUAAUGACUGCGAUCCAUGGAAGUGUAUGGAAACGACAGAGUUACACACGGCCCCUUGUCGACCUAACGAAGAUAACCCCGAUCCAUGGAGUUGUAUGGAACAUAUCGAGUUAGAUGCACCACACAGUCGUGCUCAUUCCAACCCCGACCACGCGCCUUCGGACUACACUUAUUGGAUUAACUGGAUUCACCGCAACAAACAUAUUCUGCGGGACUGCACGACGCAGCCGUGGUUUCUGCAAUUAAAAGCGGAUUGGAAACAAUAUUAUCAACAACAUACGGCAGACGAACACAACGGGCACCGUGAACUCGGUGAGGCACCCACCCCGCCGAUGCAGAAAUUGGAUCUGUGGAAACAGUGGGUUUCCCAACAACAUCGGCAAAUGAGUGUACAUAGGCAGCAGGAGUGGUUUACACAUUUGUUGAAUAAUGUAGAGGACGAGAGACAAUCGCAAAAAGGCGAAGUACCUGCAGUUGACACAGACUUAGAAGUGGAAAAUGCAAUGGCAACAGACGAUCUGCUACGCGUGAGAGAUAUACCAUGCACGCAACUGCAUCCGCAACUGUACCUCAACAAGCCGCUAUGCGCUAAAACAUGGAUACUCAUCCUGGCAUUAAUCAUAGAAGAGAGCGAGCUUGAAAGCCGUUUGCAGCAGACGGAGUUAUGUGUGGAUGCUUUAUUGCAGAAGCUCUGA